UUUCAGGUGUAUUGACUUUCAAUGUUAUUUUGAAAUGGGUGCCGGGGCAACUGGUUUACGGGGAGCGCGUCUCUCGCCAGAGGAACGUGCAAAUAGUUCAAAAUCAAGAGCUAUCGAUCGGGCGUUGUCAAAAGAUCACACGGAUGACUUGAACAGAUUUAAAAUUCUUCUACUUGGCACGGCAGAGAGUGGGAAAAGCACAAUAUUCAAGCAGAUGAGAGUUCUUCACCUGGAUGGUUAUGCAAAAGAGGAUGCACUAGAAUACUUGUCAAUUAUACACUCGAAUUGCAUGGAAGCUUUAACACAACUUGUCGAUGCUUGUACUGCUUUCGGGAUAAACCACGAUAUUACUGUUCAGGAGGAUGUGAAUCGAUUUGAAGACUUCAAACGAAAACUUCGAGAUCCAGAGGGAUUAGUAAUACCAGUGGUCAUUGGCAGGUGUAUGGAUCGUGUGUGGCACAGUCCCAGCCUACAGUUGUGCUAUGACACCCGUCGCUUUCGAUUCGCAUUGUUGGACAGUGCUAAAUAUUUUAUGGAUAACAUAGUUCGAUUGACAGAAGAUAACUACGUCCCAAGUAUUCAAGAUAUUGUACACUGCCGUAUUUCAACAACGGGGAUUAACGAACUUGCAUUCAAUUACAAGAAAAUGGAUUUCAAAAUGGUAGACGUUGGAGGACAAAGAAGCGAACGUCGGAAAUGGAUACACUGUUUUGACAACGUCGACAUGAUUCUCUUUAUUGUUUCAAUGAGCGAUUAUGAUCAAUUAGAUCCGGAAGACAACAAAUACAAUCGCAUGAAACAAAGCUAUGAAAUAUUCAAAACAAUUGUUCAUUCGGAUUUAUUUCGCCAUGCAUCAAUUGUCCUAUUUCUCAACAAAUACGAUGUUUUUGUUGAAAAACUGAAAACGUCACCGCUUCGAAGAAGUUUCAAAAACUAUGAAGGAGAUAACUCCGAAGAGAGCGCUCGUGAGUUCAUUAAAAAGCUUUUUCGUCGAUGUAUCACGGAUCGCCACAAGUUUUUUGUCUUCGAAACCACAGCGACAGAUACGGGGAAUAUUGAUCUGGUAUUUGGCUCAGCAGUUGCACAUAUUGUCAACGAAAAUCUCCGGUCUGCUGGAUUACAUGAGUGAUUGAAAUUGUAUUUCGUUUUUUUUUGUUUCGCUUUGAAAAUAUAUCGUUCCGAUUUUUUAAUCUCAUCUCUUGGAGUCAAAACUCAUUCUGUUCAAUUUAUUUUUAUAAAGUAAUCGUAUUAAUUUUACUUUUUGCGGUCUCAAUAUGUGUCUCAGCUUAUUUUAGUAAUUUUUUUUGUUAAAAGAUUUUAAUACCUUUUGAAAUUUCCUAUUUUUAAAUAAUUAGGAAAAUGACUGAAUUUUUUGAAAUACUGUCGUUUUGCAUUUAGUUAUGAUUGACCACCGCUUCAAAAAAAAAUAACUGAAUUUUUACUGAAAUCUUCAUACUUGUAAUAUAUUCUAUUUAAAGUUUUUACAAAUGUCUGUUUUCAUUAGUAAUGGUGCAAUUUUAAAUACAUACUUUGUCUUCGAUGAUAAAAAAUUUUUAACCGUAAA